UUUCUCGCCGGCACGUCAUGCUCCUAACUAGGCGUUAUGAAUGGGAAAUGGGAAAGCCGCUUUUGUCUGUCCCCGCUUAUAAAUACGCACCAUGAGUGUCCUCCUCAUACACACAGAGAGAAAGUCGGCAGCCAAAGAAGCAAAGCGGUCAGUGCAAAGCGGGACAGGACGCACACAGGCAUCAUCAGGCGACCAGAGCGAGUACAGAAACAGAACAGGAGAGAGACUGACAGGGCGAAACGAGAGAAGGGAGGGAGAGGAGAGGAGCGGAGAGGAGAAGAAAAGAGAAGAGAAGAGAAGAGAAGAGAAGAGAAGAGAAGAGAAGAGAAGAGGAGAGGAGAGGAGAGGAAAGGAGAGGAGAGGAGAGAGGGAGGAAGCCAGCAGCGACCUCCUACCCAACAACCUCGGAAGCAAACUAAUAAAAUGAAUUCAGACUCCAGCCCGAGCAGCAGAGCUUCUUCCCCGGACAUGGACGGCAUGUUUCUUCGAGACCACCACCCGCACCAUCAUCACCACCACCACCUCCACCAAAACAUCGGCUCAUCAGUGACCUCCUCCACGCAGAGCGGUGAGCAGCAGCGCCAAAAGAUGACCGGCGGUGAGCACCUGCGCGCUGGAGACGCAAAGUCCGCGUCGGUGGGAAGCAGUAGCAGCAGCAGCAGCAACAGCAGCAGUAACAAGUACAAACUUAAGAAGCAGGUCACCGAGGAGGAAAUGUACCAUCUCCGACUCAAGAUCAACGGCCGGGAGCGGAAGCGCAUGCACGAUCUCAACCUGGCCAUGGACGGGCUGCGCGAAGUAAUGCCGUACGCGCACGGGCCUUCAGUGCGAAAGCUGUCCAAGAUCGCCACGCUGCUCUUGGCCAGGAACUACAUCCUGAUGCUCACCAGCUCCCUGGACGAGAUGAAGCGGCUGGUGGGGGAGAUUUACGGCGGGCAGCACUCGGCCUUCCACUGUGGGACAGUGGCGCACGCUGCCGGAGGGCACUCAGCUGGACCCGCCGCGGCAGCAGCAGCCGCCGCCGCUGCUGCUGCUGCGCACCAGGUACACCCUCUCCUUGGAAGCGCGUUGUCCUCCUCAACGUCCUCCACCCUGUCCAGCGCGCUGCCCGGACUCACAUCCAUCAGAGCGCCGCACGCACUGAUGAAGGGCUCCCCGGCUGCGCCCCCGGCCCUGCCACUGAGCUCCGGCUUCCAGCACUGGGCCGGCCUGCCCUGCCCUUGUACCAUCUGCCAGGUGCCUCCUCCUCCGCACAUCCCCAUCACCUCCACGGGCCUGACAAGACUCACAGGGGAGGGAAAGGACGGCCUGAAAUGAUGUCUGACACACAUCAGAGACUAAGAAAUACACUGACAUUUGUACAUAAAGAAAUCAGGUGCAUGUUGUCGUUUAGUCCGUUUUCUUGUUAAACGUAUAUAAGAAAAAAAAUCCUCCUUGCAACAAGGACAUAUGACUGACUUUUGAUUUUGCCAUUUGGUAAAAAGUGCAACAGGAUGCUAUGGUUCUCCGGUGUUUGACUGAAUUUAGUUUCACAACACAUUGCGACAAGUGAUGGAGGCUGCAUGAACCUUUAGUUUUUAAUUUCAUAUCAGGCGUCAUUUUGUAAAAACAAAGAAUGCUUUCUGUGCCUUGUACCAAGGAGUUUAUACACUUACAUGAGAGUUAUCAGAUUUAUGGGUUUGGCUGAAAUGGCUCGGCGGGAAACUGUUUAAGAUCAACUUCAGCAAUGUGGCUUAUUUUUAGUCCUAUUGUGCAAAAAUUCAGUUUGUUUCUAUAAAAAAGUUUUUUUUCUUGCAUGUUUGUAUAAUGAUCUUGGCAUGACCGUUUUUGCAGAAAAGACUUUGCCCAGAGACCCUGUGUGUUUAUUUUUGUACAUUGUUGAUGACUGAUUCAAACAAAUAUUUAUUAUCACCCAGCAUUCCUGGCGGAAAUUUCAAUAAAAUGAAAUUAUGGAU